GGAAAGACCCUAAAAAGUUCCCAUUUGUUUCUGUAAGUCUCCAUCUUGGAGCAGGCUUCUAAAAUUGGUCGCGUCUUUUUUUAGCCUGCAAGUUUUCACGGAGUACAACCUUCCGCUUUGAGGUUUAGGAGGUAACGUAACUUCGCUGAAUGAAGGCUUGCUGCUCUUAACAGGCCUUUCUAUACCUGGACUAAGUAAAUAAUUAUCUGGGAACCGCGGCGCUUCAACAGCGGUCAGCAGCCGCGGUGUACUCGUGCGUGUGUGACCGCCUGGUGAAGCUUGAUUUCGGGGAGCGACGCGCUACAAUGGACCGUGGGUCAGCUUCUCUGGAGCACUAUAAGGCAGCCAUGCUGCUAAGUGGUGUUGGUGAUGCUCUGGGGUACAGGAACAAGCAGUGGGAGUAUAAUGAGUCCGGACCUGCUAUUCACCAGGAGCUGAAGGAGCUUGGCGGUCUGAAGAAAAUCAAGGCUGAGCUCCCUGAUUGGCCGGUGAGUGAUGACACGGUUCUGCAUCUGGCAACGGCUGAGGGACUCGCAACUGGAAAGGUGGGGGAUGAGCUCCUGCAUGAUGUGGCUGCUAGAUAUAUAGAGGGGAUGAAAGACAUGGAGGGGAGAGCACCAGGGCCUUCAAGCAUCCUUGGAGUCUCUCAGCUGAAGCCUGGAGAGGAGGGGGGCUACAGAGUGCUCUAUAAUCCAGAGGGGACAGGCUGUGGAGCAGCCAUGAGGUCCAUGUGUAUUGGCCUCAGGUAUCCAAAGCCAGAUCAGCUGUUGUCAUUGGUGGCGGUUGCUGUUGAGACGGGCAGAAUGACCCAUCCUCACCCAACUGGUUUUCUUGGUGCAGUUGCAUCGGCCCUUUUCACCUCGUACGCUGUCCAGCGCAGGCCAAUCACAACGUGGGGGCUGGGCCUGAUCAACGAGGCCUGUCCAAUCGCAAAGAACUUCGUUCAGGGUCGAGGUUACGCUGUGGAGGAGACGGAGAGGGACUGGGGAUACUUCUGUGAAAAGUGGCAGUGGUACCUGGAUUUGAGGGGCAUCUCUAAUGGAGUGGGGCCAGCGAUCUGGCCCUCCUCUUAUGGCCCAGCUGAGAGAGAUGAAGUCUACAAGAGCUUCAGUCUGUCAGGCUGGGCAGGACGUAGCGGCCACGAUGCUCCCAUGAUAGCGCUGGAUGCCCUGCUCGGUGCAGGUUCAGACUGGGAGGAGCUGAUGAGCCGAGCAGGCUUCCAUGGAGGCGACAGUGACAGCACCGCGGUGAUUGCCUGCUGCUUAUGGGGCCUCCUCUAUGGCACCCAAGGAGUCCCUGAGUGCAACUACAGCAACCUUGAGUACAGGGAUCGACUGGAGCGCUGCGCUGAGCAGCUGUACGCACUGUCACAUUGAGGAGCCUGCCACAGCCUGCUGCACUGAUACAUCGUUCACUGAGGGGGAAGUAGGCCACGCACUCUGACACAUUGACGUAGAGCUAGUCCGUGGUAGUACAUCGAUCCUGAGUGCUGUCAUACAUGCCUGAAGGGGAGGCCGAGUGCCCCACUAACCUAAAGAGGAGCCGUCCCUGCCACAGAAUCUGUGGCAAGGACUAAGUGACUCACAACAGAGUCUGGUGUGUAAAGAGGGGUCCCCCUAGUGACCGUUUUGAAUUAACUAGCUGAAGUGUACUGCAGAGUGGAACCAAUCCCAGCUAAUGAGAAAGUGAGGAGAAUACAAAAAGUCCCCCAGGAGGUAAUUACAUCGUUUUGUCAGCCUGACAUAAUAGUAAACCCUUAGUGAGCUCCAAA